AUGAGCGGGGCGGCGGCGGCCAAGAGCGAGAAGCUGGACGAGGCUCAGGCGCUGGCCCGCAGCUGCGCGGGCAGACCCGACUUCCAGCCGUGCGACGGGCUCUCGCUCUGCGCCACGCACAGCCACGGCCGCUGCUUCCGCCUGCACUGGUGCUGCCACCUGGGAUGGUGCCACUGUAAAUAUGUCUACCAGCCCAUGACGCCCGUGGAGCAGCUUCCCAGCACCGAAAUACCCGUCCGCCCUCGGGAGUCUCCGAACACAAUCCAGAUCUCCGUCUCGCUCACCGAACACUUCCUCAAGUUCGCUCCCGUCUUCCAGCCCCCGCUGCCCCCCGACUCCCCGCAGUUCUGCACCAUCGCAGACCUCUUCAUUGACAAUUACCGCGUGAAAUGCAUCAACGGGAAGAUGUGCUAUGUGCAGAGGCAGCCUCCCCCCGUGCCCCACAAGACAAAGCCCGAGGAAGUCUCUGUUCGCAAUGCCUUAAUCACAAAAGAGAGCAAUACACCAAAAACAGAUCACUGCUCGUCCCCUUCCAGCUCUGAGGACUCCGGGAUCAAUGCGGUGGGGGUUCACUACAUGGAGUCGUGCGAUGAGGACACGGAGGGGGUGGCCGAGCUGAGCUCAGAAGAAGACUACAGCCCAGAUAGCAGCUGGGAACCAGAUGAGUGCCCGCUCUUGUCACCCUCGCAGUGUGAAAUGGAAGUGAUUGAGACUAUAGAAACCACCGUGUGAUCCGACGAGUUGGUGUCAGAUCAGUCCAGUUCCCACUCAGUAACGUUGCUUUUGUAGUCUUUAUAUUUUGUUUUUUUUCUGACAAUCCCUUUUUUCCAGUGCACUUGAUAUUUCGGAUUCCUCAUGGGAGCGCGGCCACGGGACUUGCAUAUUGGUGAAACAGCAGCAGCCUGAGCAAUUUUAACGUGUUCUCAGCCUGAUCAGAUCUCCCACGUCUGCACGUAAGGUAGUGAUAAAUCUUAAGACUUUUAUAGCUGGAAAAAGGCCUUUUUCUUGGUCUGGGUUACAUCAUAACGCUACUUCUCAUACGAGGAUGUGCCACUCAGCAUGUUUUCAGCACUCGGGAUGUUUGCUGGGGGCCUUCAAAGCACAGAGGGUGAGCUGGUGCAGCACGCCUGUGAGCAGCAAAACCAAGUUGUCCUUAUUUCUUACAAAGAACUAUGCGAAGCGCAGCGACAAGAGGCUUUUUCUGUCUCUGGCCUUCCGCGUGGUCCAUGCUUUUUUCUAGUGCUGGCGUGACCCUUCUCGAAUGCUGUUGGUACCACUCUUCCAGUGGGUUGGUAUGGCAGGCAAGAGAACGCACAAAGUGCCUCCAACUUCUCCAGGCUAUGCACCGAGCAUCUGCUGAGUUAGGUCCGGCUCUGAAAUCUCCUGGGAGGGCAGCUGUUGCUCCUGAGGGUCAUCCGUUGCCCGGGUCCAGCCGCUCCUUCCUCUGCAUGGAUCUUUGGAAGGGGAUCUGGCUUUUGCAGCUCAGCAGGAGGGGGAGCAGGCAGGGAGGAAGCGCGGCAGUACCAAUACCAAUCUAGACUGGGGUGUAAAGCAAAGGCGAAGGGCAGUGACUACCUCCAAACAUGCAAAACCCACCCCUAGCUUUGCCCGCUGCUUCCUCCCGCGCCGCGCUGGUUGUGCCCAGAUACGUGCACUCAGGACCAAACGGCCUCAGGGCCCGCAUUUGCCUGAAGAAAAACAAAGAUUAAAAACAAAACAUUUGAGCCACACCACUGUGCUGGCAGAGCUCGGGGACGGCGUGGAGGUGCCCGUGCGAGGAAGCCCGUGCACUUGGCAGUGCUGGUCACGGUACCGCCUGGGGUCAUCCUAGCUGGGCCAGGAGGCUUCGGCUCACUCAGUUCAAGAGCAGGUUUUCAAUAGAGCUCUCCUCAAGCAGCCGUUCUGCUGGAGGGCUGGUUUCAGCCCCCCGGAUGAGACACAAACGUCUUUCUCGGAAGAUUUCAGUCAGCUUGAGUCAGUUGGAGUCAGUAAUGACUGUUUUGCAGCAGCGUUACUGAACUGCUUUGUGUGUUUGCAGUUUACGUUUCACAAGUCACUGGUGAAUAUAAGGCUGUAUAAACAUGUACAGUUUAGUGAUUGAUACUAGAUAUAGUCGGUGUCAUAGGGUGGCUCAUCUCUCACUGUAUCCUGACAAUGUAUGACUAAUUUUAUACACUUUGUAAUCAGUAUCGUUAGGAAACGUUUAGGCAACAGUGUGUGUCUGUGCACAUGCGCGUGUGCUAGGAGUUUACCAUAAAUGGUUAUAAAGUAAUACUGUACUUUUUAGACUAACACUUUCGGACAAAAAUAAUAGGUUUUAUAGUUUUGAUGACUUCUAUAAAAAGUGCAAUGCUUGUUAAACGAGGAACUUGGGCCAUUGCAUGGACGGAUGCGUUCUCCCAAGGCACUUACAAAGCAUUCUGUUUUUCUGAGGGCAUUUAAGCAAAGGCUGUAGUAGGACUAAGUAGGUUUUAUUUAUUUUUUAAGGGCAGGGUUGUCCUUUCUGGCUAACUAAGGUUUCUAAUAACGUUUUAGCGUCCUUUGACCACCGAGGCACAUUUCAUAAGGUAGAAGAAAGCAUUAUAUAUAAACUUACAACAUUUAUUCAUAUUUAAUCUCUCACUUGUAAUCUGAGUGGAGAGCUGCAGAUGCUCACUGGUGUCUGAGCUUCCUGCCCAAGGGAGGCUCUUCCUGGAGCCACAUCCCAGCAGCAGCAAGGCUGUUUCUGAGGCCGGGAGCUCCUUGCCCUCUGUAGGCACCAAGCACAGGCAGGGGCUCCAGGAUCCUUGGUACUGAGCAGAGCACACCUCGCUCUGCAGGCAGGAGGGCACCUGUUGCGUGUGCGAGGAAAUGGAGUUGGCCAUUGGUGACCAAGGCUUCCCAUAAGAUCCUGUGGUCUCGCAGUUUCAUAUCACUGUCGUCAGGAUACAUUAACUGUAAGUAAUUAGCAAUAUUCACAAGCUGUGAGUGUCUCCUACCCAGGAUUUGUUCAGAUGUCAAGCACAAUAAGCUGCCUUUCUUCUGUGGUGAAGCAUGAGAGGAGCAGCCUGGUGUGGGACAGGGCUAUAGUUGUGGAGGUGUUCCAGCAGCCAGCAUGGUGGCAGGGUUCUCACUGUGCUCCAUCACACCCCAGUUCAGAAACACUCCACAGAAACGUGGUUUCUUUUGUUUGCACAAACACUGCGCGGUCGUGUUGUAAGAGAUGCCCUGAGCCAGUAGCUCCACUCUGCCAGGGAGAGGCGUGUAUAUUUCUUCUUUAAUAAAAUACUCAACAGCUGAA